GCCUGAGUCCUGUUUCUAGUCCUGGCCUGACACGGUGAAGCUUCAGCUCUCCCCAACACGAGUCGACUCUUCUCGUUCUACAAGGAGAACGACACAUCACUAGUGACGACACUGAGAGGGCUACAAGAGACCUCUGUAUCAGACAGAAAGACACAUUUACUUCAGCCCAGUCUUCAACAGGACAUCACACUGAAGCAAGGAGAGAAGAAUCAACUGUAUAGACAAACAGCUGAAAUCAAAUAUCAGUUUCAUCCAACAGAGCAAAGAUGCAGUGGAGUCUGCUCAUUGUGAUGGGUCAGUGUUACUUCAUCACAUGUCAACUCUACCAGUACCACUAUAUUGAAGAUACAAAGACCUGGACAGAAGCUCAGGAGUACUGCAGAGAACAUUACACUGAUCUGGCCACAGUGUCUAACAUGACAGACAUGAAGAGACUCCUUGAAGAAUCUACAGGGAGAAAAACUGAAGCCUGGAUUGGACUGAACAACAGAACAGAUGUCACCAGGACAUGGCACUGGUCUCUACCUGGAGUGGAGUUUAAAGACGAUGAAACAAGAUGGGCUGGUGGUGAACCAAAUGAUAGAUAUGGUCUGGAGAACUGUGGACUUAUAAAGGAUAACACACUGUUGAGAGAUCUGUCUUGUAAAGAACAACAUCUUUUCAUCUGCUAUGAUGAAAGUGGAUCCACAAAUAUCCAUUUGAUUAAAGAAAAGAAGAACUGGAUUGAUGCUCAGAAAUACUGCAGAGAUCAUCACACAGACCUGGUCAGUGGAUUGAACCAGUUACAUCAAGUAUAUAAAGUAGGACUCAGUGAUAACACACCCUAUUGGGUCGGCCUUUUCAGAGACACCUGGAGGUGGUCAGAUGGGAGCAGUUCCUCUUUCAGACACUGGGAUCAGACUCUGUCACCAGGAGACAAAUGUGCAGUGACCAUGUUGAGUGAAGGAGGAAGAUGGAAGAACGCCAACUGUACUGACCAAAAACCUUUCUUCUGUUAUGAUGAUAAAGUGAUCCUGGUCAAAGAAAAGAUGAGAUUUGAUGAAGCCUUAUUUUACUGCAGAGAGAACUACAAUGACCUGGUCUCCAUCACUAACCUUGAUGAACAGAGAUGGGUUCAAGAGAGAGCCAAGAACGCCUCAACUCCUUUUGUCUGGCUGGGACUGCGCUACACCUGCUCUCCAUAUUUAUGGUUCUGGGUCAGUGGUGAGGUAGUCAGUUAUAAGAACUGGGCCUCAGAUGGAAAGAAUGAUGACUGUGACAUGCGAGGAGCCAUGGAAACAGGAGGAGAACAUCAGUGGGUCAGUCAGCUUGAAAAGAACGAGUUUGAUUUCAUCUGUUCUAAGUCUUAGACUCACUGAUAACUGUCUUUUUAUUCAUAUACUCUGAAUGUUGGUUGUGUGUUAAACGUAUUCUUUCCAUCUGUCUUGAAUGGUGAAGUGGGAAAUGUAGGAAUCCCAACGUGAAAUGUGUAAAAGCUGUCUUCAGAUUGUUAGAGGAAGAAGCUCCACUAUAGUCAGUUGUAAAGUAGUGCAGCUUUACUGUGGAUGUUUAAAGUGGAAUAAGUGGAUAAUGUGAUGUGAUGAUGUUAACACAAUUAUCAUGGAACUGGUGCAGAAACACCUGAAAGACUCCAAGUGUCAAAUAACCAGCACCAUUUGUAUCUCAAGUGUGAAGUUUCUCCUUCUUUCUCACUUUCUCUCCUUUCUAACGUGUAGACUUCUCUCACAACACUGAGCUCAUUUGCUUUCAAGAGAAAACAGGGAGACUAUGUUAUGUUGAAUCUUUUGCUGAUAUUAUAUUCUAUAAAAUGACAUGUAUGUUAUGGUCAGUUCCUGGGGCUUGCUUUAAAUGGAUAGUUGAAUUGUCUGUUGUUGAACCUGUUAAACCAUGGAGUGGCCUCUAAUGUUCAUUUACUUCAGUUUGUUCAUCUACAUCUUAUCUACCAUUGAAUACAUAGACACAUGUUUAGAAGAUGAACCAUUUACCCAAUGUAUGUAAUGACAAACCAAAAAAUAUAGAAAAGAAAUGAAAAGCU